UCAAGACUUCAUCCUGCCUCUUGAUUCUUCACUGCUUCACUAUUUUAAAAUCGAGAACGGUCCUUCCUUUCGAUUCCUCUGUAAACUUCAUACUUUAAUUCUGAGAGGAAACAUAGAAGAGAGAUGGCAGCCUACAGAUGGAAGAGCUUUUUCGAAGACGAGGAUCGACCAGAGAAGCCGAGAAGGUAUGGUGUCACCGAAGUGAGAGGACCACAUUAUUCUCUUUUCUCCCAAAACCUACUCCAGGAUGUUUUUGAAUCUAUGGGACAGUUUGUUGAUGGCUUGAAGUUCACAGGUGGCUCUCAUAGUUUGAUGUCAAAAAGCUACAUCAAAGAAGUGACUGAUAUGGCACACAAACACGAUGUAUAUGUUAGUACAGGCGACUGGGCUGAGCAUCUAUUGCGUAAAGGCCCAUCUUCUUUUAAAGAGUACAUUGAGGAAUGCAAGCAAAUGGGUUUUGAUACAAUUGAGAUAGACGUUGGAACACUAGGAGUCCCAGAAGAAACACUCUUGAGAUAUGUGAGGUUGAUUAAGAGUGGAGGUCUUAGGGCUAAGCCUCUAUUUACGGUAAAGGUUAACAAGUCUGAUAUACCCUCAAAUAUGGAUAGAGCAUUUGGAGCUUAUGUGGCACCAGCAGCUCGAACCUCAGAACUUGUUGAGGAUGUCGGCCUUUUGAUUAGAAAGGCGGAGAGAUGCCUUGAAGCUGGGGCAGACAUGAUAAUGAUUGAUGCCGAUGAUAUCUGCAGACAGGCUGAUUCUGUACGGGCUGAUAUUAUAGCAAAAGUCAUCAGUCGUCUAGGUCUUGAGAAAACAAUGUUUGAAGCAUCAAAUCCUAAAACGUCCGAGUGGUUCAUUAAACAAUAUGGCCCGAAGGUGAAUCUGCACGUGGAUCAUUCCCAAGUGAUGAAUCUGGAGUGCCUUCGAGGGGGCAACCUGGGUAAAAAUCAUGUGUCUGUUCUUGGUUCAUCGUAUUUUCUGUAGAGCUCUUUCUUCUUUUAGAAUUUUAGGUGGACAUGCUCAGCGAAAUUUAUGUUUCUUAUGGGUCUGUAUUUCCUACACUGGAGGAUGUUCUGUCAAAUUACCUACUCACACAUAUGGUUUAACGUUCUAAAUUUACUAGCAUAAUUAAAAUGGUCAACAGUGCACGAGAUUUUCUUGAAAA